UGACGAAGAUGGUGCUAAUCUUUGUUUGCCUUCUUCUCCCAUGCUUUGUUCUGAGUUCAGAGCACAAUCUCACCAUUGAUGAAGACUUUGAGAUUGAGAAACAACUCAAGCUUCUCAACAAGCCAGCCAUCAAAACCAUAGUGGAAAAUGAAGAUAUCUUUGAUUGUGUGGAUAUUAACAAGCAACCAGCUUUUGAUCACCCAUCUCUUAAAGAUCAUCAAAUUCAGUUAAGGCCAAGUUCAUUACCAGUUGGAUUAUUUGAUAAUGAUAUGAUUAAAUCAUCAUCAAGAAUAAAAUCAAUGGAAGUCGGAUUGCAUGAGAGUUGUCCAUCAGGAACAGUACCAAUAAAAAGGGUUGAAAAAGAACAACUCAUUGGAAUGAGAUCAUCUUUCAAACAAUAUAAGAUCAGGCCCUCUUCUUCUUCUAAUGUUAAUGAUGAUGCUUCUACUACUCAGAGGUGGGCAACAAUACAUACUCCAUAUAAACCAUACCACCAGUUUUGGUAUUAUGGUGCUUCAGGAUUAAUGGGUAUAUAUGGUUUCCCUGGAAUGCAAGACACUCAAUUCUCAUCAAGUGGAUUUUGGAUUGCAAAUGAUGAUGAUCUAGGUCAUAUCAAUCACAUUGUUGUUGGAUGGGCUGUAGAUCCAAAAUAUAAUGGAGAUAAAAAUAGCAGGUUAAUGGCUGGUUGGACAUGUGAUGAUUUUAAAAGCACCGGAUGUAUGAACAAUGCAUGUCCUGGUUUUGUUCAAGUUAGCAAAGAUACACCUCUUGGUAUUGCUAUCAGUCCUGUUUCCACAUACAAUGGCACUCAGCGUGACAUUGAACUUUUUGUUUUCAGAGAUCCAACGACUUUAAAUUGGUGGUUUCUUUGUGGACCUGAUAAAAAAUUAGUAGGUUAUUGGCCAAAUGAUCUUUUUACCACCUUAGCUCAAUAUGGUACUAGACUUGAAUUUGGUGGCACUGCUGAAUAUAUUGGCAACUCAGUAUUUCCGCCAAUGGGAAGUGGACAUUUUCCAUAUGAAGGUUAUAGUAAGUCAUGCCUGUUUCAAAAAGUGAAAUACAUUGAUGGUGAUUCACGGUCAGAUGAUUUACCAUUACUUGAGGGAACUCCACGUUCAGAUAGUCCAUGUUAUAAAGCUGGAGAUUUUACUGGGUCUGAUAAUGCAAAUAAUUAUUUUUAUUUUGGGGGACCUGGUGGCAUUGAUUGUUGA